CAAGUAUGUCUCAUCAACAUCCUCUCACGCCUAUCUCUCCCUGAAAGAUGGGUUGGACCCAUGUUUGUCUGCAAAUCAUGGUUCCAAGCUUGUAAGGAUCCCUACCUCAACACUCUCUUCGAUGUGGAAACUCAAUUUGAUUCGGUGACUGAGUUGCCUCGUUAUUGGAAACCUGAUUUUGAGCGUAAGAUUGAUUGUAUGCUUCGAUGUGUUGUCCUUUGGAGUGAUGGAUCUCUUCAUACUAUACGUGUUAGACACUGCUCUGAUUAUUCCCUCUCUAUCGUUGCUGAAAGGUGCCCAAAGCUUCAAGUUCUCUCUAUCAAAAGCUCUCCACAUGUAACUGAUGAAAUCAUGAGUAAUAUUGCCUCUCAAUGCCCCUUGCUCAGGGAACUUGAUAUCAGCUUCUGCUAUGAGAUAUCUCACAAGUCUCUGUCUACAAUAGGACAGCACUGCUCUAAUUUGCAAAUUCUGAGGCGAAAUUUUAUGAACUGGUUAGAUCCAUCGCAACAUGUACGUGUUGUCCCCAGGGAGUAUCUGGAUGCCUGUCCUCAAGAUGGUGAUUCGGAAGCUGCUGCUAUUGCGAAAUUUACGCCUCAACUGUUACAACUUGAACUCCAGUUCUCCAAGUUGACUAAUAAAGGUCUAACUUUGAUAUCUGAAGGGUGUACAAACCUUGAGUAUCUGGAUCUAUCUGGGUGUGCAAAUGUUACUGGCCGGGGAAUUUCCAGCGCCUCAUCGAAUCUGAAGAAGUUGAAAACCAUGAAGAAGCCUAACUUUUACAUCCCAAGGUCAGUAUUCCACACUGAGAGGUAUGGGCACUGGCAAUUGUAUGAUGAACGACUCCAGACAGAUGUUUUUCGCAUUUGAUCAGACAGAAUGGAGAGUGAAAAAUGUCUCUUUAAUUGUAUUGUGGUGGUCUCAAUUGUGUACCUGUAAAAAGGGUUAUGGUCAAAAUUCAAAUAGCUACUUUAUACUCUAUUUUUCUUUUUCUUUUUGAGACGGUAAACUCUUGAUAUACUUUAGAAUGCUGUGUCAUGUGCAUAGAACUCUAUGCAUGUUUUGUUAUUUGU